UCGGCGAAUCUGUUUUUCGAACUUUGUGCAUUCCUUUAAGUUUUAAUGUAAUUUAACUUUUACACAAAGUGCUGAAGGAGAGCACCUCACUGAGCACAGGUGACAGGAGGAAAAAGAAAGGACAACAGAAGCAAAGCAAGCGGUGGGAUUGAUAAUGUCUGGUGUCAGUGGAACACAGAGCCCCAGUAGCUUGGUAGAUAGUAAGGAAGAGGCAUCCCCUCCAAAAUCAGGAGAGCAAAAUGAGAAAGCUGACAGUCUGACACAAUCAGACAUGGAGAGUGGUGAAGAGGAACCAAAGAAAGAACAUGAGGAUGGGCAGGAGAGCCAUCUAGAUCUUGGAGUCCAAGGGCAGCCAAGGGACUCUCAGGUGUACACAGCCACCUCCAGGACACUGUUUUCCUUGGAGCAAAGCAGAUCUCCCAGUGCCAAAACACACCCUUUGAACCUGGAAUGGGCUUUUGGAAUAAACAAGUCUCUUCCAGUCUUCAACCUGCAUCAUGAUGAGCAGCUGGUGGUCCUGUAUGGCUGUGCCCAUGUGGCCGUUGUGUAUAAUCACACUUCCAACUCCCAGUACAGAUUUCAGGGUCACUGCAGCCUUAUUUCCUCUCUCUGCAUGAGUGAGGACAAACGAUGGCUGGUGACAGCAGACAAGGGCUCUGAGAGCUUGGUCAUCAUAUGGGACACUUACUCGGGGAUCCCUGUAAGGACAAUUUUUGACUGCCACCCUGAAGGAGGAGUUGCAGCCAUUGCAUUGUCAAGAGAUUCAAAGCUACUGGUGUCUGUUGGAGCUGGACCCAUUCAGAGGGUGUGUGUCUGGGACUGGACUAGUGACACUGAAAAUCCACUCUGUGUGACUGACCUUAGCCUAGAGCUUGGCCGCCAGCAUCACAUCCUCUUUCACCCCAAUGACAGCAGCCAACUUCUCAGUAAUAGUGACACUCACGUUUUAUUUUAUACUAUGGAAAUGGAACAUCUUCAUUACUCCGUCCCAGAAAUUUCAGAUAAGACCUUCAGCAAAGUAGUUGGCUCUGUAAGUCAGUCCAUCUUCUGCCUGCAAGGUUCUCAAGCCAUUUCAGCAACGAUGGCUGGCAACCUGUUACUGUGGGAUGUCGCUCAUACCACCACUACCCAUCAGCCCCACAGGGAAGUCAUCAAGCUCAUCCCCCUGCAGGAUGAUGGCAUCACUGUGCUGACCCUCAAUCAAAGUUUCAUUGUGACAGGUGACAUCAGGGGACAUGUCAAGUUCUAUGACAAUAAGUUCAAACUCAUGACCUGGUUCAGUGAAUUCAACCUGGACCCAAUCACCUCCAUCAGCUUCUCCAAAGAGACGGAUAUCGCUAUGCUUGAAUACGGAGAAAACUGCAGUCUGGAAGCCAAGCAGUUUGUCGUCCAGAACUUUGUGGUGUCCACAGCUACUGCCAUGGUGGUCUACGUAGACGCACAAGACGGCGUGCUGCAGAUGUUAGUGCAGGGGGACUCUGAGGCUGUGCAUGCCGUGGUCUGCCACCCAUUACAGCCCUUCGUUGCCUUUGGCAGCCACUGUGGUGUCCUCAACAUUUGGGACUACCAGCAGAAGAAGCCCAACUGUAGGAAAAGCUUCCCGGAGGAGAAAAUCCAGUGCCUGGCGUAUGAUCCUCAAGGAUUGUACCUGGCAGUGGGAUUUGCAAGUGGUGCUGUCAAAGUCAUGGAAGUUCUGACCCUUGAGGAUGAAGACGUGGAGUACUUAAAGUACAGCAAGAACGGCAUAACUCACAUUACCUUUUCCAUGGACUCCCGAUUUCUGGCCACGGCAGAUGCAGGGAAUGCUGUGAUGGUCUUCCAGCUUGCUUAUGAGGACAGCAGGAAAGUAUGGAAUCUCCUGGGACGCUAUUGCUCUCACUACAAGCCCAUCCAGGACCUCCUGUUUGGGGUCUGCAUGGAUACCACUCAGCCUAAGCUGCUGUCCCUUGGAUUGGACCGUAUACUGAUGGAGUAUGGCUUCGAGAGCAGCAGUCAGGGUGAACUGACCAUCCGGAGCACUGAGCAAAUAGAGCAGAGCGCUGUGCCAACUUGCAUGGCCUGGUACCCAGCCCUGACCACAGAGAGCUUUCUGCUCAUCGCCUCUGACCAGUACAAAAUGAAGCUCUUCAACAGUACCGACAAAAUGUGCAGAAAGACAGUCUUAGGCCCCAUAUAUGGUUCCCCAAUUAAAAAGAUUGCCAUUCUGCCCAAGUCAGCAGAGGGGAACCUAGAUUCUCGGUAUCUUGCCUUCAUAACAACAGACAAGGUGGGUCUUGAGAUUCUCCCCCUAGAUGGUAACCCCUACAAGUCCUUUGCCAUCAUUUGCCAUCCAGCAGGCGUGUCUGCCUUUGCCUGCUCCUGUGAUGGAAAGUACAUUUUCACCAUCGGUGGUCCUGAUUACACCAUCUUCUCGUGGGAGGCUAACCUGAAUGCUCUGGAGGCUGCAGCAUCUCUUGGGGGCCAGGGCCUCAUCCCCUUUUACAGCCUCUUAGAAGGAGGGAGAGACGGGGAAUUUUUUAAGGAGAUGGAAGACUACUUCUACUACUGCCAGCUACGCAGUGAAGGAAUAAACUCGAUGAAGAAGAGACGGGUUUCCACAAAGAUCCCUCUGAAGGAGGUUCCCUUCAUUAUGAGAGCCCUUGGUUUCUACCCUACAGAGCAGGAGUUGAUGGAGAUUCAGAAUGAAGUCAAGUUCAGCCGAUACGCAGAGACAGGGAAGUAUGUGACUGACAUUGACCUGGAGGACUUCAUCAAGCUAUUUGUGAACCACAGGCCAGCAUUUGGCAUCUCUAGGAAAGAGAUCCAGCAUAUAUUUGAGGUCCUGGGUGAUCCAAAUGAGAAUGGAGAGCAAAGCGUGAACAGAGAGGAACUGCUUGAGCUUCUACAAACCAUAGGGGAAAAUAUGACAGAGGAAGAGCUGACUGAGUGCUUUACUACAUUAUUGGGAAGAAAUCCUGAGGGUGGACGAUCUGAACUGGAAAGCACUGAGCAUACAGCUCCUGUGGCCCUCCUGGAAAGUGAAUUCCCAACCAAUAUCACAAUGGACAUACUUACUGUGGACAUCCUGGGCUUCCCUGAAACUAUCACAGAGGCAUCGUUUUCCGAAUUAGAGGGGUCACCUGCUGGAUCUCAGUGCUCAUAAGAGGAGCUAUGAAUCGGUUGCCCUACACCCUUUAGUGCUACUCCACUGGAAAGUGAACCCUACUUCUAGGGGCCAGGCUUGAUUUCCUACAGCAUCUGACACAGUGUUGAUACCUCUGUGAAACUGCCUCAUUUCUGAUGUUUUUAAUUGUCCUUCUCAGUUGUUAUGUUCCAUUUAAUUGUAUUGGCACAAUUUCUUUUGUGGUCUAAGAACAAAACAUGGACAGGUAUGUGCUUGUCUUUUUUCUUUAGUACUUUCCCCAGCAAUGGGUCAGUUUAGUCCAAUUAUACAUUCAAAACCAAUUUUAAUAUCUCCAUUUGUACAGUCUCGGGGUAGUAGAUGCUGUAGUGAUUAUUUAUUGCCUUUCAGUAAAAGGACAGAUUUGGACAGCUGGUAGCAAAGUGGUUAGAGCUGCUGUCUUUGGCCCCAAAGGUCACCAAACUCC